UUUUUAACGAAAGCUGGGCGCGUUUUCUACUGCAUGUUGUGUGAUGUAGACAUAGGUAGCUACAAGACAGAAAUUGAUAAGAAAUAAUAAUCAGUGAAUUUAUCACAUUAUGCUGUAAUUACAUAAAACGAUCAUAAUCGCUAACUUUGGGAUAACGUUAGAUCACUGACCGUUGUUGUUGAAGUUAGCCUAGCACAAUACAGUAAGUAACUUACUGUUAAGGCGUUACCGUCUAUGAAUUGGGAAAAGUUAUUCUAUAUCAGUGGCCUAGUCCUAGAUAGCAAGUUAGCUAGCUAGCCAGCCAGCUGUGCUAGCAUUGAAAGAUUAUUUUACAUCUGUCACAUCUCUUUUAAAUCUCUAUUCACAGAUCCAGGAAAGAAUGGACUCCACUAUUGCCAGUGAUGUGAAUGGAUUCAAGACGCCCUGCAAACCAGACAGGGUGAAGAGCCUUCUCUCUGGUGGCACUGCCAGUCCUAGAACCCCCAUAACCAUCCCUGCCUCCCCUUUCAUGAAGAAACUGGGAUGUGGAACUGGGGUGAAUGUGUAUCUCAUGAACAGGUUUGUUUUGUUUAGCUUCUUCAAUGUCACCUAUGAUGUUGGUGUGUCAUGAGUCAUGACCAUGUUCCUAUGUGCUCUUUUUUAGAGUUGGUAAACUGAACCUGUCUCCAUGGGCUGUCAAAAAGAUCAACAACAAAUGUGCCUCAAAGCAGGUGGGUGUCUACCAGAGACGACUCUGUGAUGAGGCAAAGAUCCUGAAAGGCCUGCAACACCCAAACAUUGUUGGUAAGAAUGAAAAACGUUGUUUUGACAGUCUAAUGAAUAUUUAUACUCUACAUGAAAAGGGCUACAGUACUUGUACAUAUUAUAAUGAUAGUGUUGAACAACUCCCAGUCCAUGCAAUAUUUGGUUCUUGAUAUCCAUAUUAAUAGCCAUAUUAUUUGACAGGAUUCCGUGCCUUCACUACUGCCAAUGAUGGCUCUAAGUGCCUGGCCAUGGAGUAUGGUGGGGAGCAGUCCCUGAAUGACCUGAUAGAGCGGAGAAGAGAGGAGGGCCUGAAGGCAUAUCCCGCUGCCACCAUUGAGAAAGUGGCCUUGCAUGUGGCGCGUGGCCUACAGGUAACAUCAUACUCAUCAUCAUCUUUUGAACCCAGUUUACACCUGGUAUAGGUCUGGAAGGGGUGGGGAAUGGAGAGAGUGCUUGUAAACAGAAAGCUGUAAUACCAGGAGGUACUGUAAACUGUAUUGGCUUUGAUGUGAUUAUCCAGAUAGGCUAAUCGAUAUGGAUGGGCUUUAUUCAUUUCUCAUGCUUUGGGGCAGCGAGGUCAUGUAAGCAAAUGUAAUUGAAGAUUGCUUUUAUACAUUGUUCCCCACUCAAUCAUCCUCUGAUGUGAAUAAAGACGUGGCGUUGAAGGGUCUUUGAGUUUCUCAUCCAUUGGUGUUAUUACAUCAAUUUCAGGUUUAGGAUUUCAAAUGUUCUGUAAUCCCCUGAAGGGGUGUUGCUCUCUGCAGCACCUUUUUAACAGUGUCACUGCUGAGUGUAGGGAUCUUUGAUUCAUGGCCUAGCUAUGACCAAAUAAACUUAAAAGCCACCAUGAAAUCCCCUCUUAAUUAUCAGAUGUUCCUGUUUCCUCUUUCCCUCUCAUUGUUCCCAGAUGCUUCACAUAAUUCCAUAUUUUAACGUGAGUCAAACACAUAUGACUGUGUACAAUUGUUUAUAGAAGUAUAGUAAGGAAACACUGGAAUGUAUAUCUUUUUUUCACCUUCUCCAGUACCUUCACAACGAGAAGAAGCUACUACAUGGCGACAUGAAGUCUUGCAAUGUUGUCAUCAAGGGUGACUUUGAGACCGUCAAAAUCUGUGAUGUGGGAGUCUCCUUGCAGUUGGAUGAGAAUAUGAAAGGUAGAUGUCACCGUCUGAGCCGAAUACAUGCGCUCAAACACUGGGGAAAAUAGGCAUAACUUGAUAUUUUGGUCGUUAGGCCUCGUUUCCCCAUGUUGUCAGACAAGCUGUCUUUCUCUCUGUUCGAUAGUGUGAACCUGAGAAAUUAGUCAGGUGUAAACACUGAUUUGACUUUAACAAAGUGCAUUCCUACUAGCCCGGUUUAGGACUCUGGGAGUAAUGCCAAACAUCUGUUGUUGUUCCUGCAAAGUAGCCUGUUGAUGAUUUUCACAAUAUUGCACACACUCAUGUCAUGAGCCUAAUGGAACACAUGCCAAGGGCUUUCUCAGAAAUACAGCCUGUGAAUUCAUGGUAGUGAUGCUGUAGGGAGGGGUAUAGAGUAACAGCACAAUGUACAGGUGGUUUGCCAUGUAAACAAUGUCUGUUUUCUUCAUGAGGUCAUGGAACCUCUCGAUGAAAAAGGCACAAUCAAUUAAGUUAAUGUAUUCUUGUAUUUCAGAAAUAGGCCUAGGCAAUAGUGAAUAAUUCCUGGUGUCAACAAGUAAAAUGCAAUAAGAAGAGUUUUGUUUACCUCAAACCAAAUGCUGAAGAGCUUUGUGUUUAAUGCACAUUAAUACUUUUAUUUAGACUAAAAUUGGUAAUAGUUUCAAUCCUGUCAUGGUAACUUUCAUGCGGUUUGCAUGUAAAUGCUUUGAGCAAUGUGUGUGAUUAAUUAUAGUUAAGAGAUGUUAACAUUGGCAAGAACAUGAAAGGGGAUCAAAAAAUGUUUAUAAUACCUCCAUUUUCUGUUUCUUUGCCUUCUAAGCAAAUACAUUCCUCAUCUUUAUUCUUAAAUAGUUUAUCUUAAACAUGUUCCCAACUUUAGGAUCUUUAAAUUAUAUUUUUGGAUUUGCUGAGAACCACGAAUACUCACAAAUAAACUGUCAAAUGUAAGAACACCCAAUAAGCCUAAAAACCAAGGCUUCAAUCACUGCAAUAAGUGUUUAAACCUAUUCCUGUAAACCUCUCAAUCCCAGUGAGUAACCCUAAAGCAGAGUAUGUUGGCACUGAGCCGUGGAAGCCCAAGGAGGCUCUGGAAGAGGGAGGCGUGAUCACGGACAAGGCAGACAUCUUUGCUUACGGACUGACCCUGUGGGAGAUGAUGACUCUGGCCAUGCCUCACCUGGAGAUGGAGAACAGUGAGGAGGAGGGUAUGGAGUGUUCUCAUACUCUGGCUGUAUUUGAAUCUAUUGCUCUUUUAAGUCUAUUUCCCUUACAUGAACUUGUUUUAGAGAACAUUAUUUCAUAAGAGCUCAGAUUUUAGUCACUGUUUGACAAAUGUUUCUGUCCCAUAAGUUCUGUCACAAACAAUAUCACUUGCUCAAUGAUUGCUAAAAUAAUUUUACAAUAAACUUUUAUAUUUCUCUUUUUAGAUGACUCAAUGGACGAGGAUGACUUUGAUGAGGAUGCCUACUAUGAGAAGUUGGGCACCCGACCGGCGCUUGACUCUGACAGUCUUGGGGGAGCCUACCAGAGAAUGGUGGAGCUCUUCUGGCUCUGCACGGAGGAGAAUGCACAGAAACGCCCCUCGGCUGCCCAAAUAGUUCAGGUUCUGGAGUCCAACAUGCAGGCGGACAACAAAAACAGUGAGGUCAUUGUCAUAGACUGAUCAGUUAGACUAGUCUCAUCUCAUGCAAGCCAUACUGUAAUGUUGACUGGACUUGUUUUCGUGUCCAGAAACCUUUCCUUUCCUGUUUGUCUUGACUCUUAUGUAUGCAAUAUCAUUGUAAUAUUCUGUCCUGUACUCUUCUCUUGUCAGGUGAAAUAUGUAGUAAAUCAAAUGUAUAUUUCAGUAAACUGUUAUGAAAUAAUUUAAGGAAGCAGCUUUUUUCUCAAGUUAUUCAAACCAGAGGCGACUAAUACUUGAGCCAUUUGUGUUCAUGUCAAAUUGAUGAGGGCAUACAUUGUGCUGCAUAAACUGAAUGUGUAAUGUAAAAUAGAUUAUGAAUGAAUUCUCAGCUAAAACAUUCAGGUUGUAAUUUCGGGAUGUUUCCCCAUGCAUCAUGCAUGUCAAUGAUCAUGCAAUUAAAUGAAUUUGCUUAGAUGCUCUGCCAUACUCAUCGUUAUUGUAACAGACUAGCCUGAUUGUUGAAAGGGUAUCUUCAUAUCAACUUCACUGUUUAUAUACACUGAACAAAAAUAAAGGCAACAUGUAAAGUGUUG